AUGCAUGUUCCACAUUCAAUAACAGUUGGUCCUGUUCGAUCAACAUUUCCUCGUAUUCAUCCUGAUGAUGAUCCAAUACCAGUGCGUAUGGAAGUACCUGAUCGACUUCGACCUGGUGGUAAUGGAAGUGUGAUAGCACUGAAUGAUACAGAUUUUUUUAUAAGCAAUGAAUCAAAUCAAUUAUCAAAUUCUUUUAUUCAACAACCAUCAUUACCAUCAACACUUCUUCCAACGGAUAUUGAAACUAGAAGUGAUGAUGAAGGUACAUUAAUAAAUAUUCAACGAGAUAAUCAAUCUAUGAAACUUAGUCAAUCAUGGCAUGUUGAAUCAUUUAAUGGUAUUGAUGAUAAAAAUAUUUUAAAUAAACUUCAAUUACUUCAAACUCGUGUUAAUUAUAUUGAACGAACAUUAGCUAGACGACAGUAUCGUGAUAGAAUUUUUUAUACAUGUGUUAUUGGUUAUUUUUUGCUUCAAGCUUUACUAUCUGUCCGUCGUUCAAUGCUUAAUUAA